AUGACGGAGCAAACUAGGGAACGCUCGGAAGGGAACGGAGCCCCUUUCCACGCGUCCAAGCAUGCGCUCUUCUGCUUCCGCUCGCUCAAGUUCCUCCCGUCCCCGUACCAAGCCGAGGAUCAGGCACGGUACGCUAUUAAACGGAUUGCUCCGCUGAUCAUCACGCUGACCGCUCUGCUCUUGCGCUUCCACGACAGGAUGCCCCUAGCCUACUUCUGUCUCUCGUCGCUCUCGCUACUCCCUUCGACCUGUCUAUCGCCCACGAACGACCCUUCCCUCUCAGCCUUGGACGUCCUGUUCAAACCCGAACAACGACAAGGCUACAUCGACUGGGUCUACGAACAACAGUCACCAGGUGGAGGGUUCCGAGGAGGGGAUUCGAUGGCGGCUGUCGGGGUGGGAGAGAGUGCAGUUCAUCAGUUAAGUUUCGAGUGUGGGGCCCCAGUCCCGGGAGCGCUCUUGCGCAAGGCAAAGCUGACGAGCUGAUAUGCACUCUCAUCAGAGACAGUUCAAUCAAUCUGGUCCCUCUCGCUUCCCAACGUGAUCAAGACGAUUUCGAUCGACUCAUGGGCUAUCCCGACUCGGAUUCCGAUUCACACUCGGGGGAAGAAAACGCCUCGGAAACUCCGUCUCCUGCACCGCCCUCUCAACUCGAACACCCACUGGCUCCAGCCAACUUGAUCCAGACCUACACCGCGAUCCUCAUCCUCGGUAUCCUCAAGGAUGAUUUCCGUCGAUUGGACCGCAAGGCUUUGUUGAGGUUCAUAGCGAGGUGUCAAAACGGGGAUGGAUCGUGAGUCAAGAGUCUAUGAGCUCUCCACGGGCCAAGCUGACCUUUUCAUUGCCAUGCCGGAUAUUCAUUGGAUAGGUUUCUACAGUUUCCAUCGUGUCCUGAAGCUGGGGACCCAAGGUCGACCUAUGCCGCUUUCGUCUUGGCGUCAAUGCUCGACGAUUGGUCUUCGAUCGACCUCGAAGCGGCUUUAGCGUUCUUGAUCACUUGCCAGGUGGGCUCUUUGUAGGGCUUCCUCGGAUGGAUGACAUGUAGCUGAUGUUCUUAAUCAUUCAGAGACCCGACGGAGGGUUCGCGACCGGGCCCAGAUCCGAAGCACAAGGUAAGAAAUAAUCAUCCGCGAGCUCUUCUCAACCCCUUCCGAGUCCCCCAUCCUCAACGGUCUCUCUUCUCCCACGACUUGACAGGAGGAACGACCUACUGUUCCAUAGCCUGUUUCUCCCUCGCUUCCCGACUCCACUCCUUACCGGCCCCUCAAGAUCUCCUUCGAUCUCUGGUAGGGAAACAAGUCGCUCCUGUCGCAACCCCGCCCUCGACGACCUCCUCCCCCUCCACCACCUCCACCUCGGCAGAGGACCCCGACCCCGACCCCCGCCCACUCGCAGGCUUUCAGGGCCGUCUCUCCAAACCCCCCGACGCAUGCUAUUCCUUCUGGACCGUCGCCUCCCUCUCCUUGAUAUCUCCCUUAUUCGAAACACCCGAACAAAGCAGAGGAUCGGAACCAAUCCCGUCGGCAAGAAAAUGGUACAACCCUUCGAUGGAUCGGGAAUGGUUGUUAUCGUGUCAGCAUGCGGUAUAUGGUGGUAUCGCGAGGAAAUCUGGAGCGAUGCCUGGUAAGUGAAUGUGCGAAGGGGCCUUUUCCUACAAAAGUUAGGGAGAGCGCACUGAUCUGGCUUUUCUUCCCCCCCCCCCCCCCCCCCCUUGGGCUUCUUCCCUCGUCGACCUUUCGCGCCAAUCUCGUCGCGGAAAUAGAUGUGUAUCAUACCUACCUCUCUUUGGCUGCUUUAUCCCUAGGUUCAGAUCCGAGUUCCAGAAAGGAUUUGGGUCUUGCACCUUUGGUACCAGGGUGGAAUUGUUCGGUCAAGGUCAAGGACUAUCUUCAACAGCAACGCCGAUUGCGAGCAAAGUGA